GAAAUCAUAGAUAAGAAAGAGCUCCCAGUAGAGAGAGAUGCUCUCCUUCUUCUGGAAGUUUCUCCUCGGGAUGGCGUGCUGCUGCUGAGAAUUUUGAGCUUUCUUCUUUGUGCCUUUCAUGGCAAAUAAUAAACAGAAAUCUUUGAUUGUCUGCUCUUGGGUAAAACAACAUAUCCAAGAGAGAUCUUUGAGAGCCUCCAAUCGUAAGAAUACUGCGAGUAGACGGCGUGUCUCCCUCAACCUAACUGGGGGGUCCUGUCUUGUUAAGGACGUGUCUGAUGUGGCAGACAGCGUGUCCCCCUUUACUGAGCGUCUUUUAGCGGACGAUUGCUCGGCUGAAGAAGACUCAACGGGCGAAUUAGAUGGAGAUUUGAUAUUCUUCAAUUCCCCUGCACUUUCUUCAGUGCUGGAAACGUUCACUGCUUGCACCGUCGGGGUCACUCCUUUCUCUUGCGUUGCCAUAGAGAAUCCCUCUGCCAGCACUGAUGGGGUUAGCAACUCCUCUGAUGUUAGAGUGCCGCAUAUCGACCCAAUUGCUGGUGCUAAAGAUUGUUCAGAUUGCUUGUUGAUGGCCAUCUUGGUCUGGUCAGUUUGGUAAACAACAUGAGCUGAUGAUGGGUUUGGCCUUGGUGUCCAGCUUUACUGACUGCUGGGUUGUGUGAGCCUGGUUCAGCUGGUUGGUUAUUAUGGCUGCUGUGUUGGUUGGUUGGAGUCCAUGUCCUGUUGGGACUUCUUGCUGACCUCUAUUGUUUUUGGGGCUGUCGUGCCUUUUAUCUCAAAUUAUGUUUUUUCCCCGUAAACAUCUAAUUUCUGAGGCGGAUUUUCAGCCCGUUUGUUUACGCGGCUACGGCUACGUUUUAAAUAAAUACAGUUUUUUGUAGCUGUUUGAUAAUAAAAAAAAGUAAUUUACUGUUCAUAGAUCA